UUAUUAUUAUUAUUAAAAAAGGUGUCCAAAUGGUUACAUAUUUAUGGCGCUACGAACUUUUCAAUUCUGCAUUGUGUUUACAAUAGGGGGAAUAUUGAUAAACUCCACAGUAUUAUCGAAUACAACUACAGAAUCUCCGGCGUCAACGCCGUCGCUGGAAUCACCGCCAUUAUCUGUGCGGUUGGAACGGCCCUCACAAUAUGUGAGAGUAGUUCCACGUGGACAGUCAGUAUAUUUUGACUGUCCAGCAACACCGGGGCCGGGUACAUCACCGUCCUCGGUGGAAUAUCAAUGGUAUUUAAAUGAUAAGUUAAUCACAUCAAAUACACCCCAUUAUAAACAAUAUGGAAAUGGUACGCUGUUUAUAUCGAAAAUAAGUGGUAAAAAAAGUUUUCAAAAUUUAACAUUUGAAGGUGAUUAUCGUUGUCAUUUUACGAAUAAUGUGGGCACAGUUAUUACAGAAGCUAUUACCUUAAAAUUACCAAUGCUAUCUCGAUCAUUUAUCGAACAACCCAAUAAUAUGACAGUAGAAGUUGGAGACUAUGCAAUAUUCAAUUGUCGUAUAACAUCUGUUCCAGAAGCAAUUAUUUCAUGGGAACAUAACUCCAGACCCCUUACCUCAGAACGAUUUUCGUCGAAAUAUUUCCAAUUACCUAGUGGAUCAUUAGUGAUCAGUCAAGUACAAAGAAUUGAAGAUGAAGGAUCAUAUAGUUGUACAGCAACAAAUCGAAUACAAAAGAAAUCACGUAAAAGUGUAUCAGGAUAUUUAACAGUAAUACCUGUACAAAAUAAACCUAAAAAACCUCAUUUAGUUCCACAUAAUUUAACAACACAUCUGAUUGUGAAUGUUAGAGAAGAUGUUCAUUUUUAUUGUUUUGCAAAUGGUUAUCAAAAACCUUUCAUUCGGUGGGAAGUUCCUUUUAAUAGUACAGUGAAUAAAACCGUAGCUCUUAAUAGUAGUUUUAUAUCAAUAAGAAAUAUUACUGCAGAUAUACCAAGAAAUUAUACUUGUAUUGCACAGAAUAGUUUAGGCAUCGAAUCACAGACUUGGACGAUAAGUUUGCGACCGUACUUUACGGAAAAGCCAAUAAGUAAGCGUGUUCCACCAGCACGAACAGUUCGCUUAAAUUGUACAGCUAGUGGUUGGCCUGAACCAAAGAUAACAUGGCUAAAAGAUGGUGAACCAUUAGGUGAAGCAUUAAAAAAUGGACAAAUUAUUUCUAAAUAUGGCCGAAUCACAAUUAAACCUGAUAAUAUGCUUGUAAUAGCAGAUACCAUAACAAACGAUUCUGGUUUAUAUCAAUGUGUCGCAUCAAAUUCCGUUGGUGAAAUACGUAGCGUAGCCAGAGUAUUAGUAGCAUCAAUAUUUAAUACACGAUUACCACCCCCUUCGCCACCAUCUGGUGUGACAUGUCGUUCAUAUACAUCGAAUAGUGUAUGUUUACAAUGGAGUCCACAACCGUUAAAUGCAACUAAAAUCGAAGCGUAUACGGUCCAUUAUCGAUCUAAAGAUGGUACCGAUAAAGAACAACAGCAUGCAACGAAUGAAACAUACUCAUUGGUUGAGUUAUCAUUACCAAAUACACAAUAUUUAUUUUAUUUACGUGCGUAUAUACGUCAUGCUGCCAGCGAACAAUCCGAACCAAUUGUGUGUCAAGGGGGUGAACUUACAAAAAGAAAUAUAACAUUAGAAGCAGAAUCACCGGAAGUAUUAAAUAUACAAUGGACACCAUUAUUUAAUGAUACACCAUGCGGUGAAAUACCACAAUAUAAAGUACAAUGGCGACGCUAUAAGCAUGCAAGUAAUAGUGCCAAACUAGUCAAAUUUGGAGACAUUUUUACCAAUAGUAAUAUUUACAAGUAUCAAAUAACAGAUCUUGUUCCCUCGCAUACGUAUGAAGUACGUGUAUUAACAAUGUUUCAAGAUGAAACUGUACCAUGGCUAACAUUUACAAUGCCUAAUUUAACGACAUUUAUCAAUCAAACAAAAUCAUCAUCAUCGAUAUCACAUUUAGAGGCUAUACCUACGUCACCAAAUAGUAUUAAUUUAACAUGGCAAACAUCGUUAAAUGAAAAUUUUAAUGAUUUCGGAUAUUAUAAUAUUUGUUAUACAGAAGCGAUUUCAUUAGAAACAUGUGAAGAAAAUGGGACAUAUAUUAAAAGUCGUACAAAUAUACGUUCACACGAUUUAAACGAUAACUAUGGUAAUUUUUCAAAUUUGGUUGAAUGUUUUACAAAAGAAGGUGUACCAAGUCCUGUACGUGGUUUAACAUCCAAAUAUGUGAAUGCAACAACAAAAACUAUUGAAUGGCAAGCACCAUCACAAAUUAAUGGUGUUUUACGUAAUUAUUCAUUAUACUAUUAUAUAAGACAAUGUUCAACAAUGGAAUCAACAAUUAAUAUUAAACAUUGUGAUAAUUCAAUGUUACCAUCGUUAAAUAAAUGGAAUACAAUUGUGAUUGCACCAAAUAAAUAUCGGGCUGAGUUGAUGAAUUUAAAACCUGGUGCACAAUAUAAUGUGACAAUAUUUGCGGAAACAGGAGCUGGACGUAGUAAACCUGUAUCAAUUGUUACACAAAUAAUUCCAACAAUUUAUCAAAUCGGUACACAAGAUUCGCAUGGCGAACGUAAACCAAACACGGAUACAGAUCAGAGUCAAACAAUUGGCAUUAUAAUUGGAUGUUCCAUAGCUGGAUUAUGCAUUACCUUAUGCAUCACAUACAUGAUGUGGUAUAGACGCUGCUUAAAAUCAACAUUAAACGCACGCCAUCAUAACAAUGGUCUACGAACAUUCAAUGCACCAACAAACGGACAUCAUCAUCAAUCGCAACACCAUAUUGUCCAUAAUAACUUAGAUAGCAGUAGCAUAUCAAUUGUACGUCGAUCAACGACACCAGCAAUCACCACCACGACAGGUUUAACUGAUAACGAAUCAUCACAGUCCACGUCAAUUCCGAUGGCUGUGAAUGUAUCGUCUGAACGUGGUGAAUUACAUGAAAUGCAAAGUUUGGUACAUUCAACGGAUGCUAGUUCAUUGCCACCGCAUAUACCACCAGUAGUACAAACACAUUUGGAUACAAAGGGAGGCGCUUCGUUUCCAAAUGGUCAUAUAAAUGGUUUUAAAUUUCCAAUAAACAAUGGUCGUUUAGCUAAUGGCAUUGUUCGAAUUACUGAAAAUCCACAGUAUAACAUUGACACAGAAUAUGAUACCCGUUCAGCGGGUAGCAACAAUAAUAGUCGUGAAACAAAUUGUAACUUCGAAGAAGAUCAUCAUCUCUUACAAUCACCACAUGGACGUCAUCUUGAUGAAGACGAUGAAAAUGAUACGUUUAAUCAACAUCAUAACUCAACACAAUUAACAAAUUUAGAUAAUUCAUUACUUACCAAUAGUAUAUCCUCGACACCUAGACGAAUAUCACCAAUACUCGGACCAAAUGGUUGAAAUUCAAUAGAAUUCCAUAAAUUAGUAACUAUAUAAAUAUUAAUUCCUAAAAAAAAUACGCAAAACUUGUGUUGAUUGUGACUUUCAACACAGUAAAAUAAAAACCAAGUUUCUAUUUAUAAAAAAAAAAAAAAAUAGUAAUAAUUAUAAAAAAUGCAGUACAAUGAGAAAUUUUAUAGUACAAAUUUAUUAAAAAAAU